AUAAAAUUACGCAUGUGUACACAGAGCCCAACAUAAUUUGCAGAAAGCAACCACUUGCUUAUGAUCCAUACAUUCCAGCCAUGCUUUUUCUUACCCGUUGGCGCAGAGUUUUCACCCCUACAACUUCUGUUGCACUACGACUUUACCACAUGUCCUCCCCCGCCAGUUCAGUAGGUCAGUCCGUCCCCAAGAUGGCCGACAAGCAGAGUUUGGUGGAAAGUUUCCCUCCUCCCAAGGAGCUGCUAACGCCGCUGAGGGUCCCACAGAAGACCCUUCUAGGCCCCGGCCCUUCCAAUGCGUCUCCGAGGGUUCUUGCCGCGAGUGCCUUGCCGUUGUUGGGACACCUGCAUCCCGAGUUUUUACAGAUCAUGGAUGACGUCAAGGCUGGGAUCCAGUAUGCGUUCCAGACUAAGAACCAGCUGACCCUGGCGGUGAGCGGGACGGGUCACGCGGCGAUGGAGGCAGCGGUAGUGAACAUGGUGGAACCUGGGGACGUGGUGUUGGUGGCCGUCCACGGGCUGUGGGGCGAGAGGUGUGCAGACAUGUGCAGCAGGAAUGGUGCUGAGGUCAGAACAAUGAACAAGCCCAUUGGUCAGAACUUCACACUGGAAGAUAUUCAAAAGGGUAUAGAGUACCACAAACCCUGCAUGUUCUUCAUCUGCCAUGGUGAAUCCUCUGCUGGCGUGCUACAGCCGCUGGACGGGAUCGGGGACAUCUGCCACAAACAUGAUUGCCUGUUGUUGGUUGACUCCGUGGCAUCUCUGGGAGGGACUCCUUUGUACAUGGAUGAACAAGGGAUUGACAUCCUGUACAGCGGUGCACAGAAGGUGCUAGGUGCCCCGCCCGGAGCCUCGCCCAUCUCAUUCAGUGCAAGGGCCAGAGGCAAGCUGGCCCGCCGCAAGCAAAAGGUUCCCUCCUUCUACUUCGACAUGAACCUGUUGUCUGACUACUGGGGGGUCGGUCUGCAGAAGGGACAACCCAGGAAGUACCACCAUACUGGGCCUAUCAGCAGUGUCUAUGCUUUAAGAGAGGGACUCGCAAAACUUGCUGAAGAGGGACUGGAGAACUGUAUCAGCCGUCACCAGGAGAACGCCCUGUUGCUGCACCAGGGGUUGGAGGCCAUGGGGCUGGAGCUGUGGGUGAAGGACAAGGCUGCCAGACUGCCCACAGUGACAGUGGUAAGGGUACCAGAAGGGGUGAACUGGAAAGACGUGGCCUCUUACAUCAUGAACAAGUACUCCAUUGAAAUCUCAGGCGGACUCGGGGCCUCAGCUGGGAAGGCGUGGCGUAUCGGCCUGAUGGGACACAACUGUACCAGGGACAACGUGGAGUUGGUCCUCCGCGCCCUGAAAGAUGCUCUGCAGCACUACGGGGUGAGAAUCCAGGCCAAGCUGUGAUCAGGGCUCACACAGGGUACAAGCUGUGCCCCUGCCGAAUCACAUUACGCACAGUAAAGCUUGAUUGGUGUCAUGCAAGAGUUUUCCUGACAGACAUGGUCUCAUAGCAGAGUUUAUUUGACACAUCAGCCAUAUGUAUCACAUCUGUUGAACAGGACACUUUUUAUUGUUCAUUGCCUGAUACAUCCUAAGGAAGGAAAAACUAUUUGAUUUAAUCUAAAGAAGUGAAAUAGUCAAUAAUUACAAAUCGCAAACAAGACAUUCCAGUAAAUAAUGUACAAAAUUGUUUUUAAGAUUUUAGAGUAUAAGAAUCGCUUAGUAUUGUGCUUGAUAAUAUGACUGAGAUGAUGUAAAUUAUUAUUUUCAAAUUAGCUUUCGUACAGACAUGUACUUAAAUCAUAUAUCUUAUUUCAUAUAAAUGAUAUUAUGCUGAUCUUGUAUUACCUGCUCCAUCUUGCAAGUUGAUGACUGAUGAUGAUGAACUUGCAAGGUAUCCAUUUCCUAUUUGGUCCUUAGUCAUCGUUAGUAGUUAAUUGCCUGAAAUUGAUGAGUUUUUGAUGCAUUGCUCGGAUACUCUAAUCACAAGGUGUAAUUGGUUUUAGAUAGAACCUCCUUGAUGUUAUUUACUGUAAGUUGCUUCCUUGCAUUAAAAGAAUAAUGGAUUUCAAUUUAGUUUCACCACAGUAAUGCAAUUUGUCAACAUGCGAGUGCUUAAAGCUUUGCAAUGGUUGAAUUGCAAUACUGACUAGUGAUUAGUUGAAUUGCAAUACUGACUGGUGAUUGCUGGGCAAAAACAUUACAAGUAUCAUUUGACCAUUAUAGGUCUCAUGAACUUUGACCUCUAACUUUCAGUUUACCCUGCCCUGAGUGAUGACUUCACAAGAUGUGGGGGAGGAUGGUUUUGUGAGAGCAAUGUUUUCUUUGGCAACGUUCUGAGGGAGUGAGCCCAAAUAAUACACACUUCAGUUAUUGUUCUUAUCAAAUCUAAUUUACUCAGAAUGGUCUACUUGUAUCCUGCAAUCACCAGUCAAAAUUCUCAGGCUUUUUAUAAUUAAGAAUUUCAACACUUUUUAAAGGCAACAUCAAGUUUUGAUGAAGUAUAUGUAAUGACAUGUAUGAAGCCUUCAACAUAAAUUGAGAUGCUGACCUGUCAUAGAGAACAAAAAAUGUCUAGAUUGCUACAUUCUAAAAUGUCUUUCUUAUCAUAAGUUAACAGUAGUAUACCUUCUCUUAAGUUAUACGACUAACACUGUCUUGCAACACAUGUAACAGUAUUAUAAUUCAAAUGGUACGAAAUAAUGAGGCUUGACAAUAUUCA